AUGCCCCCCUGGGGCUGCGCUCUUUUGAUCGGGACGUUCAUUGCGUCCAUGAUCGCUAUCACGCUGGUGCAAUACACGCUCACUGAUGUCCUCCCUAUCCUUGCUAUGGUCGAGACUCCCGCCGCCGCUAUCACCGUUUCCAACCAUGAUGAGCCCGCUUCCAAGGACGAGAAGGAGGGCCUCCUCGAGACCGGCACCGAAAUCACGCUUGUCCACCAGAAGCCCAUCACAUCGUCGAUUCGCGGCACCAUCCGCCACCUCGUCUCUGAGGCCGGCAAGUUCUCGCGAUGGAGGGGAUUCCGCUACCAGAUGAUGUACGCGCUUGCGCUUGGCUGGACGAGCAGCCUGCUCGAGGCUUUCUUCCCGCGCUUCCCGCCCGUCAGCUCCAUCUUCAUUGCCGCCAUCUCUGGCGCCGCCACCGCGAACCUCCACGCUGCAUGGACCCACAAGGUCAUCUCCACGCCCAGCGACGUGAGCUUCUGGAGCCGUAUUCCCAGCCGCAAGGAGUGGAAGGUCCUGGCCCUCCCCGCUGCCGUUGCCGCCACCAUGCCCUACGUCUCGCUCUUCCUUUCCCUGGGCUUCGUCUCAUGGUUCGGCAUUGCUGAGGACGCCAACCACAGCAACUUCGCCAACUUCAACGGCGGGCAAUGGGCCUCGUUCAUCCUCCGCUGUGUUGCCGUCCUUGCCAUCUCCGUGGCCUGCACCCUCUUCCUGUGCAUGCCCGCCGUCGUCACCCAAAUUCGCGUUGAGGCCUCGAUCCUGCCCGAGAACCAGGAUGUUAUCGUGCCCUUCGACCGCACCUUUGGCGGUAAGGUUGUGCCCAAGGUUCUUGGCGGCACCGGCUGCGUCAGCUUCAUGGAUGCCUGGAGGAGCUUCAACUGGGAGGCUCGCCGCAGGCUCAUCAAGCUCUACAUCAAGGGCUUCAUGUGCAUUGCGGCACUUGCUUUCGUUGUUGUCCACGUCUUGGCCUUUGAAGUCUUCGCUAUCAUGGGUCCCGAGGUUGGCAAGCUCCUGGCUGAGGCCCAUAGGCAGGGCACUUUCUAG